UCGCAGCGAAAAGCGAGGAAUCCCCCCAAACUAUCGAUUUCCGCGCCCCUCUUCCGCUGUCCUCCCACUUACUUCUUGUACCGAUAAACUCCCGAUUUUCCGCAUCCGGACAAUUUUUUGCCUUAUUCGUAUUUCGGCGAAAUUGUACUAUUUUUGAUAACCUCAUGUCGUCCGUUCCUCCACAAGGAUCCCUGUGGCUGCCUGAAUACAAACUACCUGGCGAUCAUUUGCAUGUUUUUGUCACCGGACACCAUGAGCGUGGUGGAUGACAGUUAUCUUUCUCCGGACGCUGUCCAUGAGAUGUCCAAAGGAGGGGUGCUAGCUGGAGGCAGCCAUGUCCACAGCAUCAAUGUCAUCCUGGGCUUCAAUAAAGAGCAGGACUCAGCUGUCCACCCGACCAGCUCCACUGUACCACACAAAAUGGAGCGGGAGAGCUUAGUUUACCUGGGGCAGCAGGGACGCCUCCACGCGUAUGAACACCUGUCCAUGCUGGACUGCAGUUCGGAACAGCCUUUGCUCCACGAUGGAGGAUCGUUCCCCAGCAAGGCUGUGACCGAGACGGGCGGGGCAGAGGCGAGCGACGGGAAGUCUCCGGGGCCGGCGGAGGAUGAGAAGCCCAAGAAGAAGCACAGAAGGAACCGCACCACCUUCAGCACCUACCAGCUGCACGAGCUGGAGAGGGCCUUCGAGAGGUCCCACUACCCCGACGUCUACAGCCGCGAGGAGCUGGCCAUGAAGGUCAGCCUGCCGGAGGUGCGCGUGCAGGUGUGGUUCCAGAACCGACGAGCCAAGUGGAGGCGUCAAGAGAAGAUGGAUGCCGGCGCGGUGAAGCUGGCCGACACGCCUGUGCUGUCCUUCAGCCGCCCCCCCAUGGCCCCUGCCUCCCUGCCAUUGGACCCCUGGCUGAGUUCGCCCCUUUCGGGGGGGUCCACGAUACAUACCAUUCCCGGGAUGGUGGGCCAACCCCAGGACCUGCAGCUGACCCACCCCACUCACGGAUUCCUGGGCAGCCCCCCACCAACUAUGGGGCAAGGCCUGCAGGCCGAGGCCCCGCCCCCUUACCAGUGUGCUGGGGCCUUCGGAGACAGGCUCCCCCUAGAGGACGCAGAGCAGUGGAGCUCCAGCGUCGCCUCGCUACGGAUGAAGGCCCUGGAGCACAUCCAGUCCAUGGACAGGAGCUGGCAGCCCAUGUGACCCUCAGACUCCGAACCAGCCUCGACUGUCUCCAUGGUGGGACGAGGCACAUUUCUGGGCUGAUUGUGCUGUUCCCGGCUUGUCACACAGAUGUAAACGAGUGACACCGGGUCAGUUAUGUGUUUGGUGACAGGGGACACUAAGUGUAGUAGGUCACUUCUGACCAGGAUGUUUGUUUAGAACAUAAUGACUGUUUUUCUACAGCCACUCGUUUUGGCUUUUUCGGGUGACUGGAGAUUUUAAAUGAGUAUUUUUAAAUGUAUUUUGCAAGACCUGUUCUGUUUAAAUAUAAACA